AUACAAUACAAGAAGGGAGAAGAAGUGAGGGUCAUACACACACGCACAAAACACAACUUCUCUCUCUUUCUUUCUCUCUCUCCCCUCGCCAUUUUCACCUUCCUUUCCCAACCAUUUAUUAGAUUCCUUCCCAUAAGUCUCUUCUUUUUCUUCUUCCAUUGGAUUAUUGUGCAGAUGCUCAUGUUCUUAUGAAACAAAGAACCCAUCUAAAAAUCCUCUUUUUUCCCAAUAAUUUUGCUUUACUUUAUGUGGAGUUUUAAAAGAAAUUAAGCCCUCUUUUUCUUCUGGGAGUGUUUCUGGGGAUUUCUUCAAAUCUUCAUAAGAACUCAUCUAAUACCCAGUUGAAUUUUAUAAAUAAUAUUUCUGGGUUAAAAUAUUUGUCGAAAAAUAUGGCUUUUCUUUGCAGGGAUUAGCUCAUUUUCAUUUUCAUUUUCAUUUUUCUUUUUCAAUUGGGUAUUUAUUUUGAUUUUCUAAGUUUAAGAGAAAAAACAAAAUUGUUCAGAGAUGGGGAAGCAAGGACCUUGCUAUCACUGUGGUGUUACAAGCACCCCACUGUGGCGAAACGGGCCACCCGACAAGCCUAUAUUGUGCAACGCGUGUGGGUCCCGUUGGAGAACUAAAGGAUCACUUGUAAACUACACUCCACUUCAUGCAAGAUCUGAGCCUGAUGAUUUUGAGGAUCAUAGAGUUUCAAGAGUGAAGACUAUAUCUAUUAAGAACAAAGAGGCAAAACUACUUAAAAGAAAACCGAAUUAUGACAAUGUAGUAGGCGGUGGCACCGCUAGCUUUAUGCUUGGCAGCGGUAGUGGUGGUGGUAGUGGCGGUGGUGGUAGUGGUGGGGGGUUCGGAUACGACCACCAUAACCAAGGUUUUCGCAAAGGUUUUGAUGAAGACACAAGCAAUAGAUCAAGCUCUGGCUCUGCUAUUUCUAACUCUGAUGGCUAUAUGCAGCUGGGCAGUGCAGAUGCUAGUGAUUUAACAGGCCCAUCUCAAUCAUCAAUAGUGUGGGACACAAUGGUACCUUCAAGAAAGAGGACAUGCAUUAACCGCUUAAAACAAUCACCCGUUGAAAAACUUACCAAAGAUCUACACACCAUCUUACAUGAACAACAAUCUUAUUUUUCGGGAUCAUCAGAAGAAGAUUUAAUCUUUGAAAGUGACACUCCAAUGGUGUCUGUUGAGAUUGGACAUGGUAGUGUUCUUAUGCGUCACCCAAACUCAACAACCCGUGAAGAAGAAUCUGAAGCAAGUUCUCUUUCUGUUGAUACUAAAAAUGAAGCUUAUUCACGCAUAACUUCCUUUCCUGUAUAUAAUGCUAACAAAAAUGGUAACUUUUCAAGUCGCCCUAAAAACCCCAUCACUCAAGAUCAUGCCAAUAGGGAUAAUGACGACAAGUUUCAGAUACUCAUGAACCAUAAUUCUCCACUUUGCAAAAUAGAUCUAAAAGAUGUUAUAAACUUUGAGGAGUUCACAAAUCAUAUGACGAAUGAUGAACAACAAAGAUUGCUCAAGUAUUUAACUCCUGUUGACACUGUUCAACUCCCCAAUAGCCUCAAAAGCAUGUUUGAUAGCCCACAGUUUAAGGAGAACCUAUCUUCCUUCCAGAAGCUUCUGGAAGAAGGUGUUUUUGAUCUUUCACUGAAAAAUGAAAAUGGUAGGAGUUUGAAGAAGCUUGCUCUUUGUAAUGCAAUGAAAUCUGAAUGGGUGGAGAAAUAUAAUAUGGUCCAGGAUGCAAAGUGUAAAUAUGAUAACGGAGGAUCUGUAGUUGGUGGAGGGCGUAAUGGUAUGAUACUUGGCCAUUCUGUAAAUACAAAAAGAUUGCGAGAUGCCCAAUUCCAACCUUAUCAAGGACCAAAGACAACAAUGAAGAGCCCAAAAAGGACAUCAAUGAAAGCAAGCUAUGAACAACAACAAAAGGAGAUAAUUGACAAUGAUGCCCCUGGAUUCAGUCCAAGAAGCUUAUUUGCAUUACCACCUGAUAACACCUCCCUCAUGCUUGAUUCCUUCAAAUAUGCAGAUGAAAAUUGUGAUCAAGAUUUAUUACUUCAUGUCCCUUCACACACAUCUUUCCCUCAAGCAGAAUUACUCAGGCCAACUUCAACUAGUAGUAGCUCAAUAUAUCAAAACUUUGGUGGGCCCUAACAAACUUUCUAGGGUUUUAUUAGCCGACUUCUUGUGACUUUUUUUUUUUUUUUACUACUUCUACUAUGGUAAAAAUAUCCAAAGACCAUUGUAAAACUUUGUAGCCUCUGUAUAAGUCCGUUAGCAUUGUGGUACUUGAAUAACUUGCUAUCGUGACUUUGUUGGUUUAUAUGCUUGGGUGCUACACUACAUUUGCAAC